AUUUUAGGGAACAGAGAGAACACGCAAACUAUAAACAUAGAGAUUGCUUUUAGAGAGAGAAGGAUUGCGGAGAAAUAUAGAGAGAUGCUGAACAUAGACGAUCCUCUUGAUUUCGAAUCUGAAGACCCACUUGCUAGUACUCCUGCUAUUACCCAGAAAAGUAGGAAGAAAGUUAUUGGCUUGGAUGAUCUUUUGACUGAUUACUAUAAGGAGAAAAGCAAAGUGAUUGAGCGAGAAUCUAAACGAGCAAAAUCUCGGAAAUACUACAAUUCUGAUGAAGAUGACUGUGGCAAAGAAGCUUUACUAUCAAGAAAAAUUAACGAAUGCCAAAAUCAAAUGAGAAAAAUGAGCGCUGAAGAAGAGAUCUCCACAUGGGGUGUUCAGGUUUUCGGAAAUGAGAAAACCCCACCACCUCUUGUUUUUCCUGAGCUCCAGAGUUGCUCAUUUUUGCAUUCUUUCAUGAGCAAUAAGCUCAACAGUUUGGUAGAACUCACCACGGAGAAAGGGGAAACUUUCCUUGCUGGAUUAUUGGUAAAUGGCUGGCUUUCUAAGUUGGUUAUUAGACACGGUCAUGUAGAAGAAUCGUUAGCCAAAUGGACUUUUAAUUUGAUAUUAUAUUCAUCAAAAGAAGAGUUAAGGACGUCUGCUCAUGACUUCUGGUGCUCCAUUCUUUUGCCUGGGAAUAAGGUUGACAAGAUGCCCACUAGAGUUGAGUGGUCUCCAAGCUACUCUGAGCUUAAAAGAGCUCUAGAAACAUAUGGAUUUCUAUUUGACUUUUCAUCACAAACAAAAUCAGGCAAUACUGAUUUUAGUCGCAGAGGGCCACCUGAAAAUAUUAGAGGCUGGAUUAAGUUUGCUGAUGCUUGCUGUCUUGUCAGGAGUAAACAGCCUAUUUUUUCAGCUUCAGAUGCUGAAGAGUUAGUUAAAGUGAUUAUUUAUCUAUCUUUAGAUCGCCAGCUUCAAGGUUUGCUGGUGCUGUUGUAUGGAUGCAUGCAAUCAGCUAUUAAUUACUUCACAGACGAGGAAUGGACUACCAGCUGUGAAGAGAUAGCAAGAGCUAUUGCUUGCAGAGUCCCCAGGGAUUUGAACUGCUUGCGAGCUCUGGAAUGCAUUUCAGGAGUUGGUACUCGUAGUAAUCAUCUAAGAAGUGCAGUUGCUUAUCAGAUUCUGCUUGUUUGUUUUGAUAAUAAGGCUGCUGAUGAAGAAGGGAUCCUGAACUUGCUCAUGUCAAUUAAUGUGAAAGACAAAAUCUGCGACUUUUUCAAGAUGUACAUUUACCUGGUUUUAACAGAGAAUUGGCUCUUAUCCAAUCCAAUUUUGGAAUAUAAGCCAGUGAUCUAUGAAAUGUGGGGUGUAUAUCUACGAAACUGUUCUAGCCAAAUUACCAGCACAGAUUUGAGGCCUUAUGCGUCGAAGGUUCGGACCAAGGCUUCAUAUCUUCUACAUAGUUCCACCAGGAGAUAAUUAUUAGAGUAUGUAUACUAAAGCACCUACCAAAUAUAGUGCGUUCACAUGUGAUAUGUUAGAUUCUUCAUUAAUAUCUAUGCAAUGCACAUUUCUAUAUCAAGUUUAUAACGGCCAAUGGACUCUGAACUGUAUCGGAAAUGAAUGGCUACUGAUUAGAGUGAAUUAUGGAUUCACCAGUUAGGCAAGUCAAUUGAGGAUCAGUAUAGUGCCUUCCCUCCACCCACCACCUCAAAUUCCUCAAAAGAAAAAGCUUUUUUUGUAGUAUUACCAUGAGAGAACAUGCUAGAGUGACUUGGUGUCAACAAAGUUGAGUAUAUUUUGUUCGUAACCAGUCUUGAUCUGUUGAAGAAGCCCCCAUCCAUCGUUAAAGAAGAACAAUGCAAAGUAAGAAAUACCAUACUAGGAGGCAUCUGUAGCAACUUAGAUACCUAGCGGAUAUUUAUGAUCUUAUUUUAGGUCUUGCACAAUUUUAACUGCUUUUUGCUAAAUAAAUGUUGAGGUGGACCAGCACUUUAAAUUCGGGUCUAAAGCAUUGCUUUUUUUUUUUCUUUGUUUGCAAGGGAAGCGGGUAUCUAUUAAUUUGAAGCUACAAAACGGUGGAGAUGCCAAAUGCAGAAUGCAGCCAUUCAAAUUUGCCAAGUUGAAAGAAAGUGCUCAAGAUAGUAAAUAUUGUGAUUCUAAUCUUGUACAGACAAGCUUUCAGAAUGUCUUUGUUUCUCCUAUUAAUUUUUAAUGGUGAUAGACAGGAUGAAAAGCUAAGCUAUCGACUGCCUUUUUCAAAUUUAUAGGAAGGGAUAUAGAUAUUCUGUUAGGUGCUAGCUAUGCUCCCAUGAUUAACAAAUGUGAAUUGAGAAUAUGGAAUCUAAAUGUUUGUGCUCAAA